GUUCGUGAAUAAGAUACUUUCAGAUGAAAAACUAUAUAUGAAUGGAGACUGUGGACUGAGCUGCCAUUUUGUAAUGAAGGAAGCAAAAGGUCAGAAAAAGAACAUGGUUUUCCAAAAAUUCCUCUGAUCCACAAAUAAUCCUAGACGAAUCACGUGUACAUCCAGAAAAAACUCACUGCGUGCGCCGCCUGAACAGUGAUGAAGUCUUGCGCGUUACAAUAGUAAAUAUGUACAGAGCCCCGGAGAACUCUCACAUCAAGCCUCACACUCUUCUGCCCAAGAAGGGGGCCUUAUCAGCUUGCCCUGACAGAUCUGCGCUCAGCAUCUGGUCUUCUCGCCGCUUCCCCUGCCCCUCCCCUUUAGUGACACAGUGCUGGGACUUUGCCAAGGCUGUUCCUUGGCUUAUACACCAUUUCAACCGUUACUUAAAAAACUUUUCUUCGUCUUGAUUCAAGGGGUCUGAGAACGCUGAGCCCCAGCGGGCACCUCUGAGACCUUGCACCAUGCCCCUCAAGGUGCAGAGCACUGUCUCAGCACUCUGCCUCUUUGGGGUCUUGACCCUACUGCUGUGCCCUUCUGGCCAGUGUGAGGUCUUCCUCCCACCUCAGGUGGUCCUUUUGGACUGACCUGAAGAUGACUUCACAAUGGCUGUCUUUCUCAAUGCAGGUCAUUUAUAAUCCAUGAUUGCAGAAUAUUUCCUAGCAUUGCCCAUGGAUCUCAUCAAGACAUGAGUUCAUUUUUAUCCUUUACAACUGUGGUGCACUAUGAAUGUGAUGAAGGGUAUGUUUUGGUUGGAGAACCUCAAAUCACCUGCAGAAAUUCACAAUGGUCAUCUCCAGCCCCUCAAUGUAAAGCUCUGUGUCUGAAACCAGAGAUAGAAAAUGGAAAACUGUCUGUGGAUAAGAAUCAAUAUGUUGAGUCUGAAAAUGUCACAAUCCGCUGUAACUCUGGCUAUGUCGUGGUCAGCUCUCAAAAUAUCACCUGCUCAGAGAACAAAACCUGGUACCCAGAGGUGUCCAAGUGUGAGUGGGAAGUCCAUAACGGCUGUGAGCAAGUGCUAACAGGCAGUCAACUCCUGCAGUGUCUCCCAAACCCCGAGGAUGUGAAAAUGGCCCUGGAGGUGUAUAAACUGUCUCUGGAGAUUAAACAACUCAAACAAGAGUAAGACUUCAAGAGGAACACCAGUUAGAAGUCGGUACAUUCAUUUCCCUUCUCUCAUACCUAUCCCCGCAAAAA